AUGGUGAUGGUGGAGGAGGAGGAGGAGGAGGGUGCAAUCGGCGUCUGGUUAUGCGUCUGUGUGUGUGUGCGUCGCCGUCGCCGGGCUUUGGUUUGCGAAAGCGUUGGCUCAUGCAAGUUGGGCGAUCAAUGCCAGCCAAUGGUCAUAAUCGUAGCCGUCCGGCUGUUCAUCGUAGCGGCGGCAAUAAUAAUGAAAGUAGAAAUAAAUUCUCAUGUCCUCCUCCUCCUCCUCCUCUUUCUCUUCUCCCCUUUGUGUCUCCUCCUAGUUCGUUCAGUCGAACGUUGGCAAUUGUGGAUGUUUUACACCCUUUCUGUCUGUCUGUCUGUCUGUCUAUCAGUCUACGCGUCUGACGACGACGACAACGGCGGCGGCGGCGACGGCGGCGACGGCGGCCGCGGCUGCGGGGCCGAGAGCGACGGUGGAAAUGUAGAAAGUGAUAUGGGGGGGGGGUGUGUUUUGGGAGGGCAGGAGGUUGGCGUGGAGAGCGGUCAUGGCGCUUCGGGAGUUGAGAGGGGUGGCUUGGAGCUGACCACUGUCUAG